AUGAAUUCACCUAAAGCGUGUUCUUCACCAACUUAUAAAAAUAUUAAAAUGAAGAAUUCACAAUCUCCCAUUGAAUUAAAAGUGAAGAUGAGGAAAGAUUAUAAAAACAAGGUGCAAAAUUGUCGCAAUAUGCUACUUAACAGAUUCCGUGGUGCACCCGAAAAUGAUCUUAAAAUGACUUUGACUGAUAUUUAUAACAAAACAUUUAGUAAUUCUUGUGUUGAAUACAAAAUACAAAAUGAUUUUUUAACAGAUCUUGAUGAAAUAAAAAUAUUAGAAGAGAUAAAGCAAGAACUAAUACAAGAAGAAUUAAAUUGGUGGAUAGAAGAGUAUGAGAGGUCACAAGGCGAAAAUUUUGACUGGUCACUAAUGCAAAAAGAUGAUAGUGUUAUAUGUUUCAUUUGUCAAAAAAAUAAUUUUAUGCUAAAUGAUAAAAAAUUGUGUUGCAAGUUCUGUAAUAUUGAUAUAAAAACAAAUUUAACCUUGCAAGAUAUCAAGAAGAGCAUAAAUGAAAAGUUGGAACAACAUAGUACUAUGUGUAGUCACAAUGUACAAUUUACAGUUGUAGAAUCACAUAUAUAUUUUAUGUGUGAGAACUGCAUGGAUAUGCAAGUAGUUGUG